AUGAUGGAAUCAAUUCCUGAAAGGAAUGGAAAGGAAGUGAUAAUUGAGAAAUCACCAAAUGAUAAGAAUGAAUACAGACACUUGGUGUUGGAGAAUGGUAUGAAGGUGGUGUUGAUACUUGAUCCAAAGGCUGAGCUGGCCGCUGCUGCCAUGGUCGUGCAAGUUGGCUCAUUGAGCAACCCGGAUGACUACCCCGGUCUGGCACACUUCCUCGAGCACAUGCUGUUUCUGGGCACGGAGCGCUACCCCGUCGAGAAGGAGUUUACCCAGUUCAUCACGAUGAAUGGCGGCCAUUCCAACGCCGAGACCCACAAAUGGUUCACCAACUUUUAUUUCAAAGUGCGACCUGCCUGCCUCGAGGAAGCGCUCGAUCGUUUCUCAUCAUUCUUUGUGUCGCCGUUGUUCACAGAGUCGGCGACAUCAAGAGAGAUCAACGCAGUCGACUCAGAGCAUCAUGCCAAUCGCCAGUCAGAUGUGCAUCAGCUAUAUAGCGCCAUUUUGAUGUGCUUUGCUGGACACCCCGUCUCCCGCUUUGACACUGGAUCACUGGCCACGCUCAACGAUCGACCAGGCCUACGCGAGCGCAUGAUAGCCUUUUACGAUCAAUUCUACUCAGCCAACAUCAUGAGCUUGGCACUAGUCAGCCCGGCCCCUUUGGACACGCAGGAGGUGCUGGCGCGCCAGUACUUUGGCAAUAUUGUCAACAAGAACAUCAAGACGCCAAACGCACCAGACUUGGUACUAGGAGAGAGUGUCCAGGUGUUUGGCGUGCCUGUCAAGGACACCCACUUAAUCAACUUCACUUGGCCUGUACCCCGACACCUGGCUGUCGAUCAAGUGUACGACGAUAGUCCAUGGCAAACCAUCGGUCAUUUGCUCGGACAUGAGUCAAAAGGCUCAUUGCUCUCGUUCCUAAAGUCCAUUGGUUGGGCCUAUGAUCUGUCUGCGGCGAUUGAGAUGCACGACCUUGGCAUCACAAUGUUCUCAAUCAGGAUCACCGUAACUCCCUUGGGCAUCAAGCACGCCGAUCAAGUGGCUGGACAUCUCUACAACUACCUCCAGAUGAUCACUCACAGCGAGUUGCCAGACUAUGUGCACAAGGAGAUCAAGUUCAUCUCGGAUAUGAAUUGGAACAACCUUCCCAGAUUCGAACCGAUUGGCUUGGUCAAGAAUCUGUCGCGCCAAUUGGCCACACUCACUGAGCACCCUGAGCACAUGAUGCGAAUUGGAAGCAUGGUUCCUGAGACCUUCAACAAGACAAGGUAUCGCCAAGCUGUCGAUUCAUUGACCUUUGACAAGAUGUCUGUGGUGCAGUUCUCCAAAACAUUUGAGCACCUCACUGACAAGGUGGAGGAGCACUAUGGGUUCAAGUACUCGAUGAGGCCUGUGACCGCGGAUCAGUUGAUCGCAUGGAAAUCGAUGCCCAAGUCUGAUCGACUGCACUUUACCAAAGAGAACCAGUUCAUCCCUUCGAGCAUCACGAUCAAGGCCAGCCAGACAGGCGAACAAGUGUUGCCACAAGUUGUCUACAACGAGGACAACAUAAUAGUGGAGUGGUCACCCGAUCACAUGUUCAACACGCCCAAUGCGAUCUUUGUCGGCAGGCUCGAGUCGUCCUACAUGAAGACUGUGCAUGAGACUGUCCAGGUGUUCUUGUUCAACUUGGCCGUCAAGUCCAUCUUGAAUGACGAUGUGUUGUACAAUGCUACAAUGUGUUUGAUGCACUUUGCCAUGGACAUCGAGGUGAUAUGCUCUGGAUACGAUAACAAGCUGGCCACCUUGGCACUGGAGGUAUUCAAACAUCUCAACAAGUUUGACAUCAGCGAGGAGCAGUUCAAUCUCACGCAUCAACAUGCAAUGCAAUUGGUUAGCAAUAUAAAGUUUACCGAACCAUUGGAAUAUGGAAAUCGCUUCGUUCUUCGACCAUAUGUCGUCAGCACCAGUCAUUCAAUCAAAGAUCAAUAUGAUGCACUAAAGACAAUCACAAGACUGGAGUUCAUUCAAUUCAUCAGAAGAUAUAUCCAAUCACUGAAUGUGCGUUGGUUGGUCAUGGGCAAUGUGACCAAAGAUGAUGCCGUCAAGUUUGGCCGCGACUUUGCCACCAUGGUUGACUCGCGAACUGGCACACGGUCGUGCGACGUGAUGAUCCCUCGCAGUGUCAUGUUCGAAGCGGGUGUGGAGUAUCACAUACGCCAGCGAGUGGAAGACCCCGCCCAAGGCAACUCCGUAUCCAUUUUCCAUUACCAAUGCGGAGUGUCGAAUAUAGAGAAUGCCACUCUUGGACAUCUGCUAGCCAUCAUCAUGGACGAGGAGGCCGACACCGAGUUGAGGACCAAUCAACAGCUUGGAUACAUUGUCUUUGCAACGUGUACGGUCAAGUUGGCCGUGGUCUCAUUUAGUGUCGAGGUGCAGAGCAAUACCAAGGAUGCUGACUAUCUCCAAAGCAGGAUCAAUGAGUUUGUAAACAAUCAAUUCCCUCAAUUCCUAGACAAGAUGCCCCAAGCCCAUUUCGACUCCUACGUCAAAGGAUACCAAACACGACUCCAACGUAAGAGGUCCAACCUCAUGGAGUUGGCCAAAGAUUACAUGGAUCUCAGAAGUAACUAUUUCGGUGAUUAUCAAACAAAAACAAAGAUGGUUGAUGUAUUGUCAAAGGUUACAAAGAAUGAUUUGAUCAAUUUCCACAAGAUAUACUUGGUACCAAAUGAUCAAAGAAGAUUACUGGUACUUUCAUUGUUUGGUUAUGGCCAUGAGAUGAAGGAAUUGGACACGAAAUCCAUCAACAAUCCAAGAAUAUCCAUCAUUAAUGAUCCAACCAAUUUUAAACAAUUGAUGGGUCAAUACCCAGCCAUCAUUAAUCCAACCAAC